AUGGACAGCGUCGCAAGAAGUCAUGACCGAAAUCACAGCCAAGGCGGUGCCAGUCCUGGCCACAGGGCUAGCCAACGCCUGGCAUGGCUCGUCUCCGAGAGCAACCGCGCUCGGCUCUACAAGACCUACGUGCUGCCGGUGCUUCUGUACAACUGUGGCACGUUGGCCCUGACUCCGACGCAGCUCGAUGGCCUCGACGUCUUCCACCGCCGCCAACUGCGGCUGCUGUUCGGCAUCUUCUACCCGCACCAAAUCCUCGAAGCCGACUUGUACGCUCGCUGCCACACCUAG